AUGGUUGCAUGUCAGAGCUUUGAGAUAAAUCAGAUACACCACUCAGUGAAAGAUCAUGACUAUUACUUCCAACAACUAAGUGAUGGACUUGGUAGAAUGGGAUUAUUACCGUUACAGAAAGUAACAGCUGUUUUUCGCAUGCUGGCAUACGGUCUACCAGCUGAUGCUACGGAAGAAUACGUUAAAAUAGGUGAGUCAACAGCAAUUGAAAGUAUGACAAAAUUUUGUCGUGCUAUGGUGGAAAUAUUCGCAGAGCGGUAUCUACGAACACCUAACGCUAACGAUAUUGCUAGGCUACUCUAUAUUGGAAAAAAACGUGGUUUUCCAGGAAUGUUAGGAAGUCUUGAUUGUAUGCAUUGGAAAUGGAAAAAUUGUCCAACAGCAUGGUCUGGGCAAUACACAGGACGUAGUGGGUCACCAACUAUUAUCCUCGAAGCUGUGGCAGAUUAUGAUCUUUGGAUAUGGCACGCAUAUUUUGGUAUGCCAGGCACUAAUAAUGAUAUCAAUGUGCUGGAGUCAUCUAAUCUUUUCUCUAACCUAGCUCAAGGUAUUGCUCCUCCCGCUCACUAUGUUAUUCAAGGAAAAGAGUAUAAUAUGGGUUAUUAUUUAGCGGAUGAUAUAUAUUCGAAAUGGGCUACUAUUGUACAAACAAUCCAACAACCACAAGGAUCAGCACGUUUUUGGAAAAAACAUGUAUUACAUGACAUAAUGACUGCAUGCAUUAUUAUGCACAAUAUGAUAAUCGAGGAUGAACGUGAUCUUUAUGCACCAAUUCAAGAAGUGAGGGAAGCACCAACACCAGAAGUUGAUAUGGUAGCAGAUGAAACUACAAGAUUUACUCAAUUUAUUGCACAUUACGGAAAAAUCAAGGAUAAAGAUGCCCAUUUGCGCUUCGUAAUGCAUUGA